AUGAUAUACAAACACUUGGUGAAUUUUUGGCCUCUGGUACCGGCUAUUGAUUUGCAGGCUUUAGCAAGAAAUAGAAAAUCUGACGAGGACGUCGAAUCCACAGUUGAAACUUCCAAGGAACUAGGUAACAACUCGGCCAACAAGGAAUUAAAUUGCUUGAUCAUUGGUGAUGGUAUAGGAUGUCUUGUUGAAACUUUGUCUCAUAUGCAUAAACACAAAGCCAAUGUUUUAAACUUUUAUGUUUCUGGAAGUUGCCCAGAGUCAUUAACUCGUGUUUUGUUACUUUUGUCUUUGUGUAGGGACAUGACUCCCAAAAUAAGUUUAUUGGAACGCGCAGAAAUGUUUUUGGAAAUUUUCGGUAACUCAUUACUGCGGCGUUCCACAGCAGCCUACGUUGAAGAAAUGUCCCAAACCAUACUGGGGGAAAUAACAUCAGAAGAACAUGACCAUAUAUCAGCUUCCAUGGUUUUCAAGAAAUACCUGAAGCAAAGAGAUAUUGAUGAAAUAGUGGAAGUACUCACCUAUUUAAAAGACAAAGAAAAAUCUUACUGUGUUGAGAAUGCCUGGGAUAGCGCUUUAAGAACUUAUUACAGAACGCGAUAUGAUAACAGGAGAAACUUAUUCGAUUACAACUUUAACAUGAAACUUGAAAAAUAUCCCAUUAUAAAUAUCAGAAAAUACAUAGAAUGGUGUGAAACAGGGACAGCGUUUAAGUUCAGAAAAGCGAAAUUUAAUGUCCCAAAUAAAACUCUUUGCAUCCGUAAAUUCGGCAACAGAAACAAAUUCGUCAAGGGCGACGAAAUUUCUAAAAGUUACUUUGGAGACAUUGCUACCAGUCCAUAUCUUACCUUCGGGGUUGAAUGCAGUAACAAAGAUUUUUUCAAAAAGGUAAAUAAUGAGUACGUUCAGACCAGUGAAGAUAUCUCGAAAUACAAUUUACUUGAGAUGCUAAGUGAAUUCCGCUCACAGUCUGAAGGACAGAAUAUUAAAUUCAACAUUUAUUUGAUGUUUCUGGAUAGUUUGCUCAAAUCCCUGAAAAUUGAUUCGAUGUUUGAUAUUAUUUACAUAACUUGUGAUUCAACUGGAUACGGCGAAUUGUUAUUGCCUAAAUUUUUGCGCCAAAAUGGUGUGGUAAUCUUUGAAAGCAUUGAAAAUGUUGUCAAUUCUACCAAGGAGCAGAAGCAAAAGCACCUUAAUGAAAUUUCACGCAUUGCAAAAGAAUUAGGACUAAAAAAAGAACCCGAUUUCGCUGAGUUUGCUAGCCAUCAAGUUUUUUCCUCAUAUGGAAACAGCAAUAAUUUCUGAAAUAAUGAUGACACGCCAUUAAAUAAGGUGUGAUAAAAAGAAACAGAUCUGUUUUUCU